AUUAAGCCAAUCACUCGCCCUGCAGGUAAAGUGGGCUUGGCUCUCUCAGGUCUAAGCUAUGUUGAUUCUUGCUCGGUCAAUGACUUUCUGUCCUGGAUAGUAAGCAGUGUGCACCACAAUGAGGAUUUUCCUGCUUCUGCUGGUUGCGUUAGCAGCCAUCGGAGAAUCCCAAGGUGGUAGCAAGGACCACAGCCGAUUGAAACGGGAUGUUUUAUUGCGUUCUAAAAGGAGAUGGGUCCUGUCCACGAUUGAACUAGAAGAGAACAUGGAGGUGGAAUACCCAUUCAAAAUUUCAACGAUGUUCAAUGACAAAACUAUAGGGAAGAAAUAUAAGUUUGAAAUGAGUGGAGACGGUGUUCAUGACGGAUUGUUCUCCAUAAAUGAUACAACCGGAGACGUCUAUGUGCACAGAAAAGUUGAUCGGGAGGAGAAAGAGAUUUAUCACAUCACAUUUGAUGUCUGGGACAAAUCAACCAACACAAAAAUGGACAGGGAGCUAUCUUUUGAUGUAGAAGUAAAGGACAUAAAUGACAAAGCACCGAUGUUUACCAAUUUUAACAAAACAGUAAAUGUGGAUGAAAACACAGAGGAAGGAUUCCUGCCUGCAUCUAUGGAGGUCACUGAUCGAGACAUGGAGAAAACGGACAAUUCAAAGGUCUCAAUUCGUGUGGUUUCUCAGAACCCGGCAGAGCCUAAGAUUAAUGUCACACAGAUUGAUGACAGAAUGGCCCGACUCACUUUCAAAGGAUGUUUUGACUAUGAUAAAGCAAAGCAGUUUAAAGUAAAACUUACAGCAAGUGAUCAUGGAAAGCCACCUCUUUCCACCACUGAAGUUAUUAUGCUCAAUAUUGUCAACAAAAACAAUAACGCUCCAAAGUUCAAGCAGAAACAGUACGAAGUUGAGGCUGUGGAAAUGACUACCCAUGAUGAUAUUUUGAGAAUUGCAGUAGAGGACAAGGAUGCUCCAAACACUGAUGGCUGGAAGGCCAAGUACUACUUCAUCAGUGGCAAUGAAGAAGAAAUCUACAGCCUUAGAACUGACCCAAAAACUAAUGAGUGUAUUCUGAGUGUUGUCAAGGAGAAGAAUUACAACCAAAAUACUUUGGUGAACCUGACAAUCGGAGCUGAAAAUGUUGAACCCUUAUCCAUUUGUAAAGAUAAUAAACUGAUUAAAGAUCCAAAGCUGCUCCCACCUCCAGAUUCAGUCAAUGUUACAGUGAAAAUGCUCGAUACCAAUGAUGCACCUGUUUUUGAAGAACAAACAAAAGAGGUGUAUCAGGUAGAAGAGUCGGAGCCAGGACAGGUGCUCUACACUCCAAAGGUUCAGGAUAUCGACUCAUCCAAUGUCAGAUUUGUCAUGGUAGAAGAUCCAGCUGGUUGGAUGUCUCUUGAUGAAAAAAACGGAAAACUUACAACAACCAAGAAAAUGAAUCGAGAGUCACCCUUUGUUGAUGAAAACAAUAUUUACCGAGUUGCUUUUGCUGCUAUAGAUGACGGCACACCUCCUGCCACAAGCACCUGCACCAUCAAGGUCCACCUCAGGGAUAUCAAUGACAACACCCCUAAGCUGGUCAACUCAAGUAUGAUCUUUUGUGAUAACAAAGUUAUCAAGAUCAUGGUGCCUGCUGAGGACAGUGAUGCAGAGCCAUUCAGUGGACCUUUCAUCUUCACCUUGAAGGAUGAUAAAACUCUGAAACGGCUGUGGAAACUUGACCCUGCUCAUGGGGAACAAGCUGGCCUUGUUGCUCUGAAGUCACUUGAGAGGGGUAAUUACUCCAUUCCUCUGCUGAUUCAGGACAAACAGAAUAUGAUUGGACACGAGACGUUGGAGGUGGAGGUUUGUGAUUGUGGAGGAGGAGACGUUUGUGUCAGGACUAUAAAUCCAUGUUCAACUAAUGUCAGUGAUGCUGCCAUUGGAACAAUAAUCCUUGGACUGCUUUUAUUUCUGUUACUGCUGGUCAUUAUUGUUUGCUACAAACAAAAACAAAAGUUCCAGUCUUUUGAGGACCAGGGCCAGCAGUCACUAAUCCAUUACAAUGAAGAAGGAAUGAGCGUUGACUGCAAGGCUGAACCUGUUCACCUAAUACAAGCAAGUGGUGGAACUGUGACAGAUGGCAUCAAGCAGAGCUUUGUGCAGAAAACUAAGACAGUUGAUCAUUUGUGGUCUGAUGAGAGGCAGGACAUCGCCACACAUUUACCCCAGCAGAUAAACUCAUGCAUGAGUAUGGGCAUGGACACAAGCACACAACAACAAAGACGCUCAAGAUCAAGCUAUGAUUGUUCAUCAAGAUUUUCAAUGGGUCUUGGCAGCAAGAGGAGCACAGUACAACAGAGCAGCACCUUGACAUACAGAGGGUAUGUGUCGUCAAAUCCCCAUCUCCAGAUACUGGUGGAAAAUAGUAUUGACAAAACUUCUCGAGAAGAAGCAGUUGGACAAGAGAACAAUCCCAUUAAGUUUGCAUAUGAAGGAGAAGGGAGCCGAUGUGGGUCGCUGGAUGAGCUGGCAUUCGACAUCCUGGAUGGAAAUUUGUCCUUUCUGGAUCAUCUAGGGCCAAGGUUCAACACCUUGGCAGAGAUGUGUAACGCUUCAGUUGUGAAAAAAACUGCAGCUUUGGAAGGUACCAAGGGCUAGAGACUUUAACAACGUUGCCUGAUUGUAGUUAAAAACGAUUUAUUCGGAUUUCCUGGGAAGGUAAACACAAAAGAGUCCAGGCUUUGUACUUUUUGUAGAUUACGUAAAUUAUGGAUUUGAGCAUGCCAUUUAUCAAGCCAGUGAUCUACAUCGAUCCAUGGGACACGGAUUAUUGUAUCAGCAGCCUCGUUGUGCUUGCUGUAAUUCAUGAGCAUGCCUUGCUUAGUUGAUUUAGAAAAAGUAGCUGGAUGUGUUUUAAUAUUAGUUUUUUUUUUUUUUACAAAAACUUUUUUAAAUGUGAGGGAUUAGAGCUACUUAACAGCUGACUUUGUAGCUUUGGUGGUUUUACAAAGACAAAAUUACAUUGCAUGGGUAACAGAUAACUGUGGAAACUGGGAUCUUAGCAUUUGCAAACUGCAUCAUUGUCUUUGUUUGUGUUUUUAUAUUUUAUUGAAGGUUGGCUGAGAAGCAUUACUUUAAUCUUCCAAGGCAGAGUUUAAAAAGUCUAGAAUACUGUAAACGGUUGGUGGGAUGGUGGGAAAUAAAAACCAAAUACAAACUUAUAGACGAUUAGAAACCAAUGACAAAAAAAAAAGAAGCUAUGCUGAGUCAAGGGCAAGAAGAGAGCAGUUGGUGGUGUGAACUCUGAUGGUUGGAUGCUCUUGGAAGCACUGUAAAUUUUUAUAAAUUUUAUUUUCGUUUUAGUCUUGACUAAAAUUCCUUUUCAUUUUACUCCCAAUUUAGUUGUCCAAUUACUUGAAACUUUAGUCUUAUUUUAUUCAAGUAGAACAGAAAACAAUUUUAGUCAACUAAGACAAAUGUAUAUUUCUUCUGAUGCUAUCAUCUUCAACUCCUGUAAAGGAAAUGUUAACUACACCUACUCGAAACUGUAAAGCAAUAUGAAAAAUUCUCUUUGGAUCAAUAAAACUCAUGUUUAUUUGUUCA